AUGUCCAACUGCAUUUUCUGUAAGAUUGUGGAGGGAGCGAUUCCAUGCCAUAAAGUUGUGGAAACGGCCAAAGUUCUUGCCUUCAUGGAUAUCAACCCCCUCUCGCGUGGACAUCUGCUUGUUAUACCGAAGGCUCAUGCGGAGUUUCUGCACGAAGUGGAGCCGGAUACGGCGGCUGAACUCGGCAGUACGAUGGCAAAAGUUGCCCGUGCAGUUGCUGGAGACGGUGAAGUAAAAACACAAUACAAUGUGUUACAAAACAAUGGCAGCUUGGCGCAUCAGGAGGUGCCACAUGUACACUUUCAUAUCAUACCGCGCCGCUCUACUCAAGAGGGCUUAAGUAUGAAUUGGAAGACAUUACCUACUGACCAUACCGCCUUUGCUGAGGAUGCGGCAAAAUAUCGUGAGGCUCUCGAGAAGUUGUGA